AUGGCUGUACGGAGCUCAUCUCAGGCAAAGAACUUAGAAAAUUUGGGUAUCUUUGAGGAGCAUAUAGUUAUACGAUUCAUUUUGCACGGAUUGCCAGCAUUCAAGGAUUCAAAACUCUUUAUAAAAGAUCUACAUUUUGAUGAGGUACCAGUGAGGAUCUACCUCCCAAAAUUGCCAUCCACAAACAAACGGAGAGGAGUCAUCUUCUUCCAUGGAGGAUGCGGGAUGUUUGGAAGCAUCAGAACCUACGACAGAACAUGCCAGUACAUAGCCAAAAAUUCUGAUUCAGUGGUUAUGUCUGUUGGGUAUCGUUUGUCUCCUGAGCAUAAGUAUCCAGGCCAGUUUUUGGACUGCCUCACCGCUACUGUACGCUUUUUGCAGACUGCAGAAAACUACGGUGUGGAUUCUGACCGUAUUAUCAUCUGCGGGGAUAGCACAGGGGGCACUUUCACUGCUAGUGUUUGCCAAGAACUGGCAAAUAGAACAGAUACCCCGAAGAUACGCGCCCAGGUGAUGAUCUACCCAUUUCUCCAAGCCCUUAACUUUAAUCUGCCCUCUAACCAGAGAAACGCUUUCAUGCCCUUACUGUCCCGGAAACGUACAGUCCGUUUUAUCCUGAAGUACUUGAAUAAGGAUUCCUCUAUGAAAGAAGCUGUUUUGGCAGGUUCUCACGUUCCCGAGAAUAUGAAAUUGAAAUAUGGGAAAUGGAUAAAUGCAGAUCUCAUCCCAAACAAAUUUAAACAGGGCUAUAAACCACCACAGUCCACUUCAUGUGUAGUUCAAGUCUAUGAAGAAGUAAAAGAAGUGUUUGAGACAACAUUUUCUCCACUGUUAGCGGAAGAUUCUGUUCUUUGCCGCCUACCUGAUACCUGUAUAAUUACCUGUGAGCAUGAUGUGCUCAGGGAUGAUGGACUGUUGUACAAGAAACGGCUAGAGGACAACAACGUAAAAGUGACCUGGUACCACCUUGAAGAAGGCUUCCACUGCACCCUGGGGUUUUUUGGUUACAGUAUUUUCUCUUUUCCAUCAUCAAAUAAGAUAGUGGACCAUAUUUUAAACUUUGUAAAAGGCUAUUAAAAUGCCUUCUAGAAUACAGUGAAGUAUAUUAUGUAGACUGCACAUAUUUCAGUGAUAUUUAUCAUAUUUGCUAUCUGUCUGUAUAUUGGAAUCUAGGCAAGAAACACUAAGUUAUGAUAGCAUGGUCUACUGAAUUCUGAUUUUCAGUUGAUAUUAAAUGGGAACAUAAUCUA